AUGGAAGAGGACAAAUUCGAGGAAUAUCUUAAUGCUGCGUGGCUUGCUUUUCGAAAGCAACUCAUUGAGGCACAUGACAGUACAAAUGCAAAACGGCUCUCAAGCAGUGUAUCUUCCCAAACUGCUGGGACCCCUGGGAUGGCCACUGCGCUUCGGUCGGGUAAAUCGGCAAUGAAGAAAAAUCCCACACGAUCUCUGACCUUCGAGAGCAACGUUCUUGCUGAGAUUCUCGAGGCUGAACCGGUUCCAACUACAGCCCCAGUGGUUGAAGAGGAAGAGGUCGUCCAACCUCCUCCCAGCAGCCCACCAGCGGUGCUGAUGUCCACCAUUCAGCCAGCUCUGGUUUCAGAGGAGCCUCCAGUACCCGCUCCUGAUGGUGCUGGUGCCUCACAAGGUGAGAAAACUUGGAGUAAUCCUGAAGGCAGCCCUGAGCCUACAGUGUGUGCCUCACUAGGUGAGAAAACUGGGAGUAAUCCUGAAGGCGGCUCUGAGCCUACAGUGUCCUCGGACGAGUCCAAGCAAUCCCGAAAUUCUCGAAGGUCCAAAUACUCUACGGGAUCCGUGGUAACUGACAGGUCUGGAAGAGAUCUGCGAGACUUGGAAAGGACACUCACACAACAAACCCUGGACAGCCAAGUUGAUCAUACGGCGGAGACGCUAAGAGCUCGGCUUGGGGUUCGUAGUGGAAUGGUCUCGGGCAAAGUUCUGCACGAUGCAGCUGUGGCUUUGGGCCUCACUCGUUUUUCGGAGGAAGAUGUGAACAUGUUGGUGAAUAGGCUGGCAGAUUUUGUGGAUUUGGAGCUGCAGCACCAGGAAAAGCACUUCCGUGUGCAACGUUCAGCCACGUUGACGGACAAGGUCAUGCGCCGUUCCGCGCUGACCGGGAUGACGCGGCCCGCGGAUCCCUCGGUGCUCACUGUGGAUCCCUUGAGCUGCCGACCCAAAUGGAAGUGGCCAGAGGAACAGGCCACCAGUGUGCCGGAAUUUUGGCGGACACGCAUGAAUGAUCUUCCACAGCGGAGCUGGAAUGUCGUGCCGUUUCGAGCCUUGGUCUAUGCCUUUGUGAUGGAUGCGGAUGCAAGAAAGAUCUUUGGGCCAUCUGCAGAGCACUUUCGAGCUUUGAAGGAGAUUCUUCUGGCAAGUGACACGAAUCGACUCGUUGCAGAGCUCACCUUUGUUCGCAUCAAUGAUCUAGCUGCUCCACAAACAGCUUCAGACCCAUUUUUGUUCCUGGAGCCAUUCGUGGCACUGCUGAUCGUGGUCAAUGCAGUGCUGCUGGGUGUGCAGACCGAUGAAGAGCUACAGCAUUGGGAAGGUUGGCCCCUGGUCGAAAUUGGGUUCACCGUGGCAAUGUUUGCAGAGACCACCUUCCGGCUGUUCGUCGUUGGCCGGACAGAGUACUUUUGUGGUGUUGAAUCUUCAUGGAAUUACUUCGAUCUGUUUCUCUUGCUGACAAGCACUGUGGACAUCAUUUUGACCUAUGCCACCGACUCCAUGGCCGACUCUCCCACACAGCUGUUGAGGGCAAUUCGCUUGGCGCGGUUGACGAGAAUGUUCAGAGUGUUCCGGCUGAAGUUCAUUAAGGAGCUACAGCUCAUGAUCAAAGGACUAGUGGGUGGUCUUCGGACACUGGUCCUUGCUUUUGCCUUGCUCUUUGUGGUGCUUUACAUUAUUGCGGUCUUUGCAACGAUUACCAUCGGCCGUGGUGCAGACUUGGAUCGCCUAGAUGGCUUAAGAAGCCUCUUCAGGUCGGUUCCAUCAACCAUGUUCACAGCUUUCCGCUGCUAUUCUGGAGAAUGCAUCAGCGAAGAUGGGCUCCCAGUAGCGCUGCUACUUGCAGAUGAGUUUGGACCGGUCUUUGUGCUUCUCUAUGUGGCUGGAUAUAUGCUUGUGACUAUGGGAAUUUUCAAUGUAAUUCUUGCAGUUUAUGUGGAUAUCACGAUGAAGGCAGCUCGAGAGAACGAGGCCAGGACCAGUGAGCAACACGAACGCGAGUCAAUCAGGGUUGCACGCCUCACUCGUGAACUCGUAAAGAAGUUCAAGAUUGCCGUGGAAACCCGGCGACACGAUGAAGACGAUGAGGAUGGCAUCAGCCUCCAACGGUCUCCGUCAUCGACGCCAAGAGCAAAAACAACAGUGUCAGGUGACGAUGAUGAUAGGCAAUCUGAUCAGAUUCAGAUCAGCAAAGAGCUCUUCCUGCUGGUAAUCCAGGAUCGGCAGGUUCAAAGACUGAUGGAUGACUUGGAUCUUCCCAAAGAUCGUGCCAAUCUCUUUGAAGCCCUGGAUGCGGAUAGCAGUGGCGCUUUACACCUGGCAGAAUUGGCACAAGGUCUCUUGAAGGUUCGUGGAGAGCUUAAGAAGACGGAUACUGUGGCCACACUUUUGGCCACAAAAGCCGUUUACGCCACGCUGGAGCAGAUUGGCGACCAGAUUCUGGACCUUCGAAGGGAUGUGGCAAAAGCCAUGGGGGAUGAAAGCAUCGGGGUCGGGGACGGGAUGCCCGCGCCCCUAGCCGUGUAUGCUGAGAGCCAGGAGGAUAGGGUCAGCCAGUGGACACCCAAGACAACGCGGCCCAGUGGUCACGUGCCAGAGGGGCCAGAUGAGGUUCUGGCACAUUUGUCUGCCACUGUGGAUGAAGAUGAUGAAGAGGUCUCACGCAUAGUGCCCGCCUCCACGCCGAGCACAGCGGCCUCGUCCCCCACGCCACCAAAUUGCCAGCCUGUUGCAAAGCAACGUGCUAAAUCCAGCCUGGGCUUGGCUCCAACGGUUGAGGAUGCACAUGACCUUCGCCCUGGGUCCGAGGCCACUGCCUCUCGGCCAGGUGCUGCAGCUGUGCGCUGGCGGACAGCAGAUGCGCCGAGACCCGCAUCAUCUGGAACUUGCCAGUCAGCCCGUGGACCACGAAAGGGCGGCAAGCCAUCCGCGUUGCCUCCAAUGGGUUCCGCUUCUCCCAAGACGAAGCUUGCGAAACCAGCGUCGCCGCGCUCACCGCCGGGGACACCAUGCUCACCACCGAAGAAGACAAACCAGGCUUCGCAUUCAAGCAGCAGGGUGCAACAGUCCUCUUUAUCAGAGACGUCUUUCAGAUCACAGGCAUCACAGUUGCCUCAGGACCCUGCUUUACAUUCUGUGGCACAGCGGCUGAAUAAGUCCUUGGUGGGUGCUCGCGAUGGCGGUGCCAGCUGGUCGCAAUUCUUCGCAGAGACCGACUGGGACGGAAGCGGCAUGAUUUCUUUCGAAGAAUUGGACCUUGCUGUCAGAAAGCGGCUGAAAGCCCCGGUGUCGCGCUAUGAGCUGCGUGUCUUUUGGCGUCGUUUGGACGAAGAUAGCGGGCAAGCGUCCAUUGAGGAGUUCGGGCGUCUCAUGUACAAAAUCGAGCUCAGCCAGUGGCCUGAUCUCUGUGAGGAGGAGCUGGAACGAAUCGUUAGUGUCUUGAAUCAGGCGGCGCACAAGUGGCAUCGCGCCGGGGGAAACUGGUUCAAGGUUUUCAACCAAGUUGAUGCGGAUGGCAGUGGAAACCUGUCCUUUGAUGAACUGGUGUCUUGUGUGCGCGGGAAAUUUCCAUGCCUCAGGAUCUCCACCAAGCAGGUGACAGACAAAGAGCUGCACGGCCUUUGGAAGGCCUUGGACUGCAAUGGUGGGAUUGAGGUGCCGGUCCAUCGCUUCAUGGUCUUCAUGCGCCGGUGGAGUGGGGACACUGGCCUCCACAAGGGAGGCAAUCAGCAACGUCAUGGCGAUGCGUCGAAACCCUCGCUCCCCCCUGUGGCGGAGAGAUCUGAUGUGGAAGUUCGGGCGGUGGCCAAUGCAUUAGAGCGGGCCUUGUCGUCCUACUACAUCGACCGAGGAUAUUUGAGCGUGGCCAGUGCCAGUGAAACAGCUUGGCAUGGUGGAGCCAAAUCCAAUGAUUCCUCCUGCAGUUGGACCCGGUUCUUCCGCGAGAUGGACAAGGAUGGUGUGGGUCGACUAUCCUACAACAACUUCCUGCGGGCGGUAUUUUCCAAGCUGAAACCGUGGUUAAAUCCCUCGGUGGCUUUGCCAGUGGGAGGCAAUGGGCGCAGUGUGUCCAAAGAAGACAUCCGCGUGUUGUGGGACAAGCUGGAUCCUUCAUCCAUCGGUGAAAUUACCGCCAAGGGCAUGAUGUUGGGCCUGUACCAGGUGCAACUGGAGUCAUGGCCCGAUUUGGACCAGGCGGAACUGGAACGACUUGCAACGCUGAUCAAUGCGUCCGCUGUGAAGAGGUUGCGAAGUGGGGGAAACAACUGGUACAAGAUCUUCAACCUGGUGGACAAGGCACAAUCUGGAAGACUGAGCUUCGGUAGUCUCAGAGAGGUUCUGCGAGAUAUGUGGUAUGGCCUGGCCCUUUCCAGUGAGCAAGUUUCAGACUUCGAGCUGAAGGGUUUGUGGAAGGCCUUGGAUGAAGGCAAAUCAAGCAGUGUCACUGUGGGUUCCUUCAUGGUCUUUAUGCGGCGCUAUGGCGUGCAACCUCACUCUAUGUCAAAGCAGAAGUUGCAAAGCAACCAACUGUCCACAAUGUCUGAGGAGGAAGAGUGGAAGCAGAUGCUGGUGGAUGCUCCUGCUGUGGACGCCCAUCGCCUCAUGUCCAUCGCUAGAGAGCUGACCCUCACCAUCCAUGCGUGGCUCAACAAACCUGGAGUCGUAGAGAGAUCUGCCAGCACACAGUUGUGGCCGAAGUUCAUUGAAGCAGCGAAUGAGACUGCGACGACCAGGCAAGGGCGGCUCAAAUUUGCAGACUUUAAGAAGACCAUAGGGAAGAUCAUGCGGGUGCCACCAUCAUCAAAUGAGCUGUUGGCGUUUUGGCGGGAGGUGGAUCGCGAUUGCACCGGCGAAGCCUUGGCCGAAAACUUUGACAAUGCGGUGUAUCGUUUGCAGGUGGACACUUGGCCGGAACUCGACGAACAAGGCAUCUCCAAAGUGAUUCAGAUCUUGAACGUGGCAGCGGAAAAGUGGCAUCGGGCGGCUGGAAAUUGGUACAAGGUCUUUCUGGCCUGCGAUGAAGAUGGUUCGGGUAGCAUGACCUAUGAUGAGAUGCUGGGUGUUUUCCGAAAGGGCUUUCCUGGCUUGUCCAUUCCGCCCCAGAAGCUGCCAGAACAGGACCUGCGCGGCUUUUGGCGGGCCCUAGAUGCCCAUCGCUCUGGCCGAGUUGAGGUCUACGACUUCAUGAUUUUCAUGCGGAAAUACGGCGCUCAAUACUCGAUGCAUAGGUCCAGCCGUGCAAGGAAGAGCGAGGUAGUGGAGGAUUUUGGCCAUCCAGCUGAGAGAACUGAUGAUGAGUUGCGGCAGACAGCUCAAGUAUUGGAUGAGUCCCUCACAGCCUACUGGAACCGGCGUGGCGUUCAUGUGCGAGCGCAAGACAAGUGGCAGAGGUUUCUAGAUGAGGCCGACCUCAACCGUGACGGCUUAGUGACGUUCCAAGAUCUGGAGCAAGCUUUGAUUAUGCGGUUGAAAUCUGGGCGCAAGUUUAUUGAUGACAAUGCCAUGUUUGCCUUCUCUGGGAAAGUCUUAGCGCAAUUCUCUGCAGAUGGUGCCGUGGUAAAUGGCGUCUCUCACGAUGAUCUUUAUGCCUUGUGGUGCCGAAUCGAUGCAGACCAGUCUGGACGAGUUUCGUACAUAGAAUGGACGAACGGAAUGUAUCGACUCCGUAUCGCUACCUGGCCUCUUCUCACAGAGGUCCAGCAGGGAGAAGUCGUGGACAAGAUCAGUGAAGCAGCUUCCAAAUGGAUCGGAAAUAACACCAAUUGGUAUAAGGUCUUUAAGCUGGUAGACGUGGACUGCUCUGGGUCCAUCGGCUACGAUGAGUUCUUCAGGAUCAUCCGACGUCCAUUGCCUUGUUUGGCCAUCUCCACAAAGGAGAUUAGCAACGACGAGCUGAAGGGCCUUUGGAAGGCCAUGGACGCCGACCUGUCCGGAUCCAUCAGUUGCCAGGAAUUCAUGGUCUUCAUGCGGCGCCUCGAGGUGCGGCGUGGAUUCGCUCAGUGGCGCCCACAAGUUCUCGCAGGAAAAGGCCCGAAGGCCAGCACCCUUGCCAGGGCCAAGGCUCCUCCAGCUGAGCUCUCCCCUAUUCAAUUUGAGAGUUUGAAGGAGAACUUCCGAAAGCUGCGAGAUGAGGAUUUGAAGAAAUCCUAUGAUGCCCAGGGCUGGCACUGGCAGGGCAGUGUCUCCGAGUGGGAAUGGCCUCACGUGAUUCGCGAAGUCCUGGGAAUCCCAGAGGAGCAGCUAAGUGAUGAUGGUGUUUUUACGGCCUUUGCCACUUUGGACUCUGAGAACAUUGGAGAGGUAUGUGUUGAGGCACUUUUGAGUGAGGAAAGCAAGGAUCCUCCAUAG